ACUGCAGUAAAAGCGAUGACUGUACCUGCUCAGGCAGGCGAUCGCGCGGCCCCGGCAGUCCACAUCGCGACCGCACGGGAAUCGCACGCGCAUAAUUUACGGAUACCGGCCAGUUUGACAGUUACAUACCAUGUCGAGCAACGAAGGACCCGCGGUUUGCGCUAGUUGCAAUGCUACCAUCAGUGGAAGGAUCGUAACGGCGCUGGACAAGAAAUGGCACCCCGAGCACUUUCAGUGCCACACGUGCCGCAAGCCGAUCGACGGCGCCAAGUUCCACCAGCACGACGGCGCCGUGCACUGCGUGCCGUGCUUCACGCAUCACCACAGCCCGCGCUGCCACGGCUGUGGGGAGCCCAUCACUGACCGUGUGAUCCAAGCCCUGGGUGUAUCGUGGCACGCCAACCAUUUCGUGUGCGGCGGGUGCAGGAAAGAGCUCGGUGGUGGCGGUUUCAUGGAGCAGGCUGGCCGUCCGUACUGCUCUGAUUGCUACGCUAACAAGUUCGCGGCGCGUUGUGCAGGCUGCUCCAAGCCCAUCACUGACAAGGCGAUCAUCGCUCUGGACGCCAAGUGGCACCGCGAGUGCUUCACUUGCAACAAAUGCAGGAACCCCGUGACCGACUCCACAUUCUCCGUAAUGGACAACAAGCCCCUCUGCGGCAAAUGCGCCUAAACGUCAUCCCGAACACAAGCAAAAGUUCACCUAACUGUACUAAUGUUAAGGCCUAAUUUAUACAGCCCACCAAAUACAUACAAAUUCAGAAUGCUAUUUAGAGGCCAUAAUUGUAUCACAAUUUUGCUGUAAUUCAAGCACCUACUUGAAGCCUUAGUAAUACAGUUGAAAAUACAAAAAAAAAAACAGGCAUAUAAUUUUAAAUUAGAAAUAAUGAAGCAUAAGCUUGUUUAAAUGUCAGUGUUAAGAUAUAGUGCCUAUUCUAAGUGGCAAUAUUUCUAAAAUAAGAGCAAUGCGAGUGUUUUACAAAGACACGCGCUGAGUAUAGGAAAAUCACAUUGCACUUUUUAGACGGCAUGAUGUCUCUUUCACAUUUAGUGAAAUGUUACCCUUGUAUUGGUUAGUGGUACCAAUUAAAAUCAAACAAGGCUUGAGUCAUCAAGUCUUAUUUUGAUAAAAUAAAUUUCCAAUGAGAUUCGUUUAAAGCAAACUUUACUUAUUAAUUAUUUAACUUUAAAUUAUUGUAAUAAGAGGAAGCACAAAUAUUUAAUACUAUUAUUAAAAUAAAUAAAGACAAUUUGUAGUAAGAUAUUGUAGUGUAGUUUUGACAAGCUGGUAUCCGUUUUACAUUUAUAACAAAAAUAGACCAAAGUGUGCAAAACGUAAAAUUAAAUUUUGUAUAGCUUGUUAAAGUUAUGCUCCCACAUUGAACGUAUAAGUGAUUCAAUAAUAGUCAACCUAAAAGGGCUACCUGUAAGGUAUUUAUUUAUUUCGUAUGUAUUUUUAUAUCCAGAGAGCUAUAUUCAAUAAGCUAUUCUUCAUUUUCAAUAAACUAUUUUUGUUUA